CAAUAAAUGUAAAUUGAAAGUGCUUUAAAUUUUUUUUUUAAAUAAACAUUGACUAAUAAAAAUAAAAAUCUUUAACGCUAUUUGUUUAAUGUGAUCCGCAUCCUGUUGAACUAUUUCCUAUCCAACUGUGUAACUAGCAGUUAUCAUCAGAUAGAGACAGACAUUCAAGACAUCUAAUUUAACGAAGAAAUGAGGACCGGGACCAAUCUGGUGUCUAUGAUUUGUGUGGCUUGCAUCAUCACUGUGUGUAAAGAAUGUAUUGGAGAAGUGGUUUGUGCUAAAAUGACACUGAAUAGCGAGACAUUUCAAGUUUUAGCGAAGAAGGAGGAGCUCGAGAAUUUUGUGCCGAGAUAUCACAAUUGUAUAGCAACGGAAACCUCUUCAAUGAAUGAAGUUUAUUUAAAAUUUAUGGUAACGUUGGAGGAUCAUCAUAAAUUCACAACGUACAAUAUUUUUAAUAGUGCUAAUAUUCAAUUUGACAUUAAUCCCAAAUUUCAAUGUGAUUUGCAAAAAUGUGUAAAUACUAUAACUUUAAGUAUGGAAUGUUCUCGAAUAGGAAAUAUUCUUUGUCGUCUGCUGAUUUUUGAAGUCAUGAAUGAAUUAGAAACAACGUUGAAGCACGCUGGCAGUCAUCUCAAUUGUUCCUCGUUGUCUGACUGUAACUGCAACGCAACAUUGUUUCUUAAUUCAGGUACAACUACAACUACAACUACAACUAAUUUCACACAACAUAUACAAUCAUCCGCUCAGUCAAACUACGGCACAUCUACAGUAUUUGAAAAUCAACAAAAGUUGAACAAAAGUCUUUCAGUGAAUAGCACACACUCGACAAAUACAAAUGCGAUCAUAAUCGUUGUCGUGGUUUGUACGUCUAUCAUUUGCAUUGCUGUUCUAGCGGUUUACUAUUUUUAUACUAAGAAUACUUCAAGAAGAAAAACUGCUCAAAACGGAUAUGAUUUAACAAUGAACGAAAACAAGAAUAACAUCCCUACAAUUGAUAUAGCUCAGUCCAAUACACAGGGUAUAACUUAUAAUACUUCUGUCAUCAGUGAUAUGGACGUGAUUGACUAUCAUGUAUGCCAACUAAAGACUAACAAUUACAUUAACUGUAUGAGCACCGAAGACCGGAUAGAAACUUCGAAUUUCCAAACAAGAUCUACCUCUAUUUCUUCUACAAAUAUUUACACAAAAGACGGGACAGAGUAUGCCAGACUUGGCGACAAAGUUAGAUUAGAUUUAAAUGAUUAUGAUUUUCUACUUUCCCAAAAGGCGUCUCUGAGCAUGCAAAGUGCUACGGUCUGUACACAAAAUGUAAAAACCUCUAAUCCACCACUUGUAGAUGAUGGGGAAGAUACUAUUUCUCGGGGUAGCUAUCCGUCAAGAAGUUCCUAUAUCCUGGGUAAGGAUGUUCAGGACUUAGUGCUAGAUGCUCCAACAAAUCCUUAUACCUUGGCUAAGAAUGUUUAAGUUUCAGUGAUAAAUACCCCAACAAAUCCUUAUGUCUUGUUUAAGAAUUUUCAAGUUUCAGUGAUAGAUAUUACAA